AUGGAAGCCGAUCAUGACAAUUCUGAAUCUGAGAGUGAUGAGUCUGAUGAAGAAUCAGAGUAAGCUAAUUUGAUUAUUAAAUAACCGAAUACAGUCAACACAAAGGAAAUCUCAGCUGUCCAGAUGGGGAAGGAUUCCCAUGGAAGUACAUUUUUUUGGAUAUAAAAGGGACAAGGGCUGAUGUAGUUCAUCAUUAUGUAGUCUAAUUGAUAUAAUGUAUGCUAUUUAUAUACUUCUCAUAGGUUACUGACAAUGGAUGACGAAAACUUGAGGACCAUACCAAAACACGUUGUAUUUUUGUUGCAGCUGCUUGCUGUUGUUGCUCCGUUUCUGUCAUUUGUGCAAAGCUGACAACCCUCUAGUGGAAACAAGAGAAGUUCGCUCAAAAGCUGUGGUCACAACGAUAAUUUGCAACCCAAAGUGCCCACAGAACACAACAAUGUGGCAUAGUCAACCUAUGAUGCCUGGAACCAAAAUUUCUACUGGGAAUGUCCUUGUAUGUAUGGCUACUCUACUCGGUGGUGGUUCUUUUUCAAAAGUUACACAGAUAUUUCUACACAUGGGCCUCGGUUGUGUAUCUCUGAGUACAUACUUCGGUUAUGAAAAGGUUUGUAAAUUAUGUGCAAACACUAUAUUUAGCAAACAAUAG